CCGUAACCACUGGCAGCAGGUACCAGAGGAAAGGUUUGAUCUCUUGAAGACACCUUACUACGACAAUGAAAGCUAUGUGAUUAUAUGAGCAUGCUCUGGACUAUUAACUCAGACAAUCCCGGACCGAUAUACCCGUCGACCGUGUACUAUUAUUGAGAGAAAAUUAAUUUUAUUUUUAUUGCUCACCCUAAUCGCCACCAAAAGUGUCGAUGCUUUCGAUAGUCGCCGCUGUCCUCAUUAUUCGGACUUCGACCGGCAGGAAAAUACAUCAAUUGAUGCACUCUUCGUGCAUGCGUCAGGUCGAUACAAAGCCUCAUGUCUAAUUCCUGGACGCACUUCAGCAAGGCUGUGGUCAGCGAUCCCUACUGCGUAUGUGUCUAUGGCGAGAGCGAGGUCUGAGAGGAAGAUAGAGAGUUCACAGCCUUACUCUACCUGGGGUUUUCAGACAAGAGGAAAUUGCAAUUCUUUUUUAUGAGCAUCAAUGACGUCCCACUGCAAGGAUCAUGGGGGUUUUCUGUUGAGUCCUUGAGAGAGGCGUGCUUGUGCUCUGUUCGCUUCUUGUGUGCUUCGAACCACAAUUUUUGAUCUGAUAGACACCGUGUGCCGCUGCAUGAUUGCUGGCAGUUCAAAUGGAGCAGAGUGGCGGAAAGUAUUUGGUCAUGUAUGGGCAAUCACAGUUGCAAGUCCAGGACUUGCAGAACUUGAACGGCCGUCCUGCAGCUGAGGGGCCUUCUACCCAUAAGGUGCUAGUACGGGAGGUACAUGUCGUUGCACGCUUCGAAGCCUGCGAUCUGCCAUCAUCUUUCUUUUCUUUCCUUCGAUCAGCCCUCCCUGAAUCUCAACUGCAGCAAUGGCUGAACAUAAUAUUUCUCUUCCGCCCUCAACCGGAGGCCUCUCGGAGGCACAGAGCUUAUCCCUGGUUCAGAUUUUCCUGAAUGCUUCCCUAGCAUGUAUUGCACAUACCAGAGAGCUCAUUCCAUGGACGUCCCCUUCUCUCCAGACUCGAUAUAUUGACCAGAUCGAUCCCGCCAUCCUAACCGGACAGCUAAGCGUGUACGAAGCCUUCCAAGUCCUCGACACUCAAGGCGUUCGAAGUGGACAAGAAAUCAGAGUCCUGGUUCACGGUGGCCACAGAUGUGCCGAUCAGAUACUUGGGUUGCUGGAAAAUGGUGUUUUCAGUGCUCUGGAGCAUGGCCAUCUUGAAACAUUGCAAGUAUUUGUCACUGACAACGACGAAUCUCCUCGCACCGUGAUCGAGAGCUAUAGCUUUGCCUUCUCCUAUGAUCGAGGACGGGUUAGCACGGUCAAGAUGACUCCCACGAACCAAGUCUUCGUGCUGGAGCAAUUCCAGAAGAGUUUCAAGGCUGCGAUACGAGUACUCCUGCGUUCUUUGAAGCCUCUACACCGUCUUCCAGCACGGCGUAAGCUGGGCAUGAGUCUCAGCUACAAUGACAGGUGUCCUGACAACUACCAACCAACCGGGUUUGUUGACAUCAACGAGCUCGCUGAGCCCAACGGCCCAUUGAUAUGUGAAGCAUUGGAACGAACGAUGGGAACUACAGUUGGGAGCCUGCACACUGGGCAUCACAGCGUCAAUGUUGGGGUGUCUGGGACAAUAUCCAGCAAGGAAGGCACAUCGCUGGAUCCAGAAGAUGCCGCUAUGAGCAAACAGUUGCAGGCUAUGCAACAGACGUCUUCCGUCCAAGGCACCAACCUAGUGUCUACACUGCCAGAUUGCCGCGCCGGAUCAAAGCGGCGUAACAGUUUUGUCUGCUCUGAUCAAAAACGUUUGAAGCGUGCUGAAUCCGACAAGAUCGCGAGCAACAGCCCGGCAGAUCAGAGUAAGGAGCAGCUCAUACCGAUCGAUGACCUCGAAACGUCCCAGAGAGGGCAUGAUGAAGCUACUCCUGGGGGUUCUGCCUCGUCCGGUGACACGCAAGUGCGAAAGUGUCGGGUAACCCCGGACGAGCACGAGGACAUCACUGUAACGCUUUCAGUGCGGAAGCUGGCCACGCUUCUUAUCCACUGCUACGCUUUAAACUCUGAAGCGGCUGGCGGUGGUGGAGAUAUUUUCGACCAAGACCUUCUGAGGACCGGGAUCAUAAGGCGGGUGGUUCGCUCGGAUAAAGUCAGAUGUGAAUGUGGGAGUGUCGCCCCCUUGGGUCCAAUGAUCUACUGUGAAGUCUGCGACGAAUGGCAGCAUGCGGAAUGCUACGGCUAUAAGGGAGCUUCGGACACCGCAGCACCGUCAGAACGCUUCUGCUACACUUGUCUACUGUUUUCGGCAGACGAAGAAACCGCUAUAUCGCCGGCAUACAUCGUUUAUAUUCGACUUGCAAUGAGAACCUUGACAAAUCCGACAAUGGCAGACCUUGUUGUGGACAAAGAUAAGCUGCAAUCAAUCAUUCAGCCACCGGAGUGUGCGGGAGACAACCUAAAUAGAGCCAUCGAUCACCUGUUGAGCGAGGGCGUCCUCAGGCAAGUGAAUAGGCGGCUUUGGCAGAUUCGCUCUCUUCCGAGGUCGAAGUCGAAGGGACUCAACGACAAAUAUGGCAAUCCAUUUGCGUACAUUGGGCAUCUCUAUGACAUGAGCAAAGGUGCAAAGGAUCCGCGGCAGCGCAGCAACGACAUCGCCGUGGCCAUCGAGGAGUACGCACAGGGGCAGGACUUCACAAAGGGCGAAGGAUGUGUUAAAGUUAGCUGCUAUGAACCGUUUGGUGAACUUGUGGUUCGAUGGAGCUACUUUAACAAGAAGCCCCCCUCGGGUUCUGGCGCGAGGACCGCACACUCACCUCCCAUCACGCCAGCACCCCGUCGCAAACUCAGCGUGUCGCGUUUUCUGGUCAAUAUUGACCGCUCGCCAUCCACGAUGAGCAUGAGCUGCGAGGGAAUAUCUCUUCGGAUUCCGGACAGUGGCCUGAGUAGCGACUUUAGUCCAGGCGCCUCUACCGCUACCGCCGACUGAUGGGGAUGGCCAGGACACUGGGUCUGGCAACGAAUAAUGGUUAUGGUUGUAUGCAAAGACGGAAGGGAAAGCGGCUUCACGGAGCUCACAACUGAUGCUACUAGUAGUAGAGGAGACACCACAGGGCUGUAGUCAGGUAGACAGGCACAACUUGAAUGUUAGAUGGCACAAUAGAGCGCCUUCAACUACGUGAGAGUCCCUGAUCAGCUCUGACUCUGGUCCCAAGUACGCGGUGAGAAGCCCCCAUUCCGGUCAUUAUCAG